AUGCUGGAGCUGUAUUUUGAGAAGACCUGGACUCUGCCGGCCAAAAUUGUCAUGAUCCCAACUGAACAGGCUGCCAUCAUCACUUUCAGCGACCCUAAAGUUGUGGAAAAGAUUUGUGUAAAGAAAGACCUUGAGAUGAAAUCUAUCACAGUGAAGGUAUAUCCAUACUACAAGUCACUGGGAACCGCCUUGUACAGCAAAGAACGACCAACAUGGAAGAUGCCCGAGCCCUUCACAGAGCCUGUUCUCCACGUUAUCUGGAAAUUCCUUGUGGAGAAGAAACUAUCAGAACACAUCAAUGAUCAGAUGCGUCCACACUUCUGCAGAGUGGAUUUGAAUGACCCUGAAGUGAAACUCAGCCCUGUGCCAGAGUUUUUGAGGCAGCAAGGUCUGACUGCAGAACAUGUAGAAAACUGGAUGAGUAAGGCCCAACAUGCCUUCCGUUGCCUGAUGUCUCAGUACAUGGCAUUCGAAUGUCAAGCAAAUACACCGGGAUGGAGAGCUGCAGAGAAAGAUGUCCGUUCAGUUGUGAAGGAAGAUGCCAUCCUGGUGCUGGAUGCAUCCAAAGGGGUUCUGACUGUUGCUGGCCGAGCUGAUGAUAUGAAACGAAUCAGGGCUCCUGUGGAGAACAUUCUUCUGAAAGCCAUGAGUCACAUUGAACGGCAGACAAACAGCAUCUCUGAGGAAAUGAUUUUGCCCCCUGCAUGGUUCUACAUCCUGAAGCAGGAGGGGCUCCAGAAAGCUGCUCUGGACAUUUCUCCUGAGAUGAAACUCUCUUAUGAUGAAGGCACCCAGAAGUUAACCAUUACAGGACUCACUGCAGAGGUCUACAAGACUAAGUCAUGGAUCUUGGAGAGGAAUGUGAAUAUGAGUAAGAAACAACAGAAUGUCCCCCCAUGUCUUCUAGACUUUCUCAGAACAUUGGAUCCCAUGGAC